AGUACAAAUACCGGCAAUGCUAAACAAAUACUCAACAGUAGAAUUGUGGGUUCUGGGAACCAUGGGCAUAUUAGGGGGAAGAAAGCAUCCAGUCAGCUGUUUCCUAAAUUACUUCAUCUAGUUCAUGAGUCAUACUUAAAAAAGAAGUCUGUGUGAAUCCCACAGACCAAAAUGAAGUCUUCUGUGCUGGGUUUGUUGGCCUCUGCAUCAUCAUCAGCAGGAAUCUAAGGAUGCUGCCAGCACUCUGCCUCUUGCUGACACUGUCAGGAGCCGGAUCCCAGACAGCCUCUUGUGCUUCUUGGUGUCCCCCAAACUCCACAUGUGACAGUGGCACCACCUGUCGCUGUGACCCAGGAUUCAGCUCUCCACUUGGGGAGAACAUCACCAGCCCUGCGGAGUCCUGUGAUGACAUCAACGAGUGUGGAACACCCACGGAAGUGUCCUGUGGAAAUUUUGCUGACUGCCAAAACGUGGAGGGGAGUUACUACUGCACGUGCAUCCCAGGAUACGAGCUCGCUUCUGGGGGGAAAACGUUCAGGGAUGAGAGGGAGAACACGUGUCAAGAUGUGAAUGAAUGUUCCCUGAAGCAAAACCCAUGCCACAAUACCACCCACUGCCUCAACACCGUCGGUGGCUAUAAAUGCCGUUGCAGACCUGGCUGGAAGCCGAUACCUGGGUCACCCAAUGGCCCUAACAACACCAUUUGUCAACAGGAGCCCUUCGCCUCCUGGACCCGGCCCUCUGGAGUCAGCAGCCAGAGCCUCUCUCGCUUCUUUGACAAAGUUCAGGAUCUGGGCAGAGACUUCAAGCCAGACUUGGCCAAUUACACCAUCAGGAACCUCAUAUGGGAGGUGGAUGAGCUGCUGGAGGCCCCUGGGGACCUGGAGAACCUGUCCCACUCAGACCAGCACUGUGUGGCCACUAACCUGCUUGAUGGCCUGGAGAAUGUCCUGAGAGGCCUGAGCAAGGACCUGCCCCAAGGUUCACUGACCCUGCGUGCUCCUGCAGGCACAGACCUGUCCCUGAAUGUGAGGGAGCAAAGGGUCACGGAUGUCCCCUUGGGCCAGAAUAACACAAGGAUGUUGCUGAACUGGGACAUGGCACAGGAACCUGAAGACUCUGGCCCUUCUGUGGUGGGCCUGGUUUCCAUUCCAGGGAUGGCCAAGCUCCUGGCUGGUGCGGCUCUACAUGAGAAACACGAGAACUUGCUAUGGGGAGUCUCCCCUAUCCUGCUCUCAGAUGUCAGCUCUGCCUUUCUCAGCAACAAUGAUAACCAGAAGCUCAGCUCCCCAGUCACCUUUAUCUUCUCCCACCAUCCGGUGACCCUUGAACCAGGGCAGAAGGUGCUCUGUGUCUUCUGGGAACAUAGUAAACAUGGAUGUGGUCACUGGGCCACCACAGGCUGCAAGACUGUGGGCACUGAAGACACCAACACCACCUGCCACUGCAGCCACCUCAGCAGCUUUGCUGUCCUCAUGGCCCAGUACGAUGUUCAGGAGGAAGAUCCUGUGCUGGCUGUGAUCACCUACGUGGGGCUGGGCUUCUCUCUCCUGUGCCUCCUUCUGGCGGCCCUCACCUUCCUCCUGUGUAAAGCCAUCCAGAACACCAGCACCUCACUUCACCUCCAGCUAUCGGUCUGCCUCUUCCUGGCCCACCUCCUCUUCCUCACUGGGAUCAACCAAACCAAGCCCAAGGUGCUGUGCGCCAUUAUCGCUGGUACCUUACACUACCUCUACUUGGCCGCCUUCACCUGGAUGCUGCUGGAGGGCCUGCACCUCUUCCUUGCUGCAAGAAGCCUCACGGUGGUCAACUACUCCAGCGUGAGCAGACGGAAGCUCCUGUUCCCUGUGGGCUAUGGAGUCCCAGCUGUGAUUGUGGCAAUUUCUGCAGCAUCCAGACCUCACCUUUAUGGAACAUCUGCCCGCUGUUGGCUCCACCCAGAAAAGGGAUUUAGAUGGGGCUUCCUUGGACCAGUCUGCGCCAUCUUCUCUGUCAAUUUGGCUUUGUUUUUGAUGACCCUCUGGAUUUUGAAAAACAAACUCUCAUCCCUCAAUGGUGACGUGUCCACCCUUCAGAACACCAGGAUGCUGACGUUUAAAGUGAUGGCUCAGCUCUUCAUCCUGGGCUGCACCUGGAGUCUGGGCAUCCUGCAGGUAGGCCCAGCUGCCCAGGUCAUGGCCUACCUCUUCACCAUCAUCAACAGCCUGCAGGGCGUCUUCAUCUUCCUGGUCUACUGCCUCUUCAGUCAGCAGGUCCAGGAGCAAUACAGGAAAUGGUUCAUAGGAAUCAGAAAAUUGAGAACGGAGUCUGAGAUAUACCAGGUGUCGAGCAAUGUUGUGCCUGACACCUCCAAACCAAGCAUGGUUAAUUAGAAAGCUCUUCUGAACUACAUCCCUUGUCCCGUGGAAAAUUGGAAAUGCCAUUGUUUGAACCAUGAAGUAGGAAACGAACAACUCUGUGGUGUAUUUUUCCAAGAAAUUUAUCAUGUCAGCAAUGUGAAGGAAAUCAUGGAGGACAAGUUUGACACCCAAAUCCUGCUGAAUCUGGACUUUUCUGUGUCCUACACUGUGUCAGCAAACUCUCAGCAUAUAGAUGGUAACGUAUGGCUCUAUUCCUUGGUCACUUUGAGUUAAGCUCUAUUCUACAGCUGUCCCCUUCCUACAAAGAUUUGUCUAAAUGCCGAGAGUCUAGAAGCAGGAAAAGCAACUCGAAGAACUUUUAUACAAACAACAUCCAAAAGGACUAGAAUGUUCACACCACUGUCUAGAUUUCUUCAUUUCUUUGUUCUCUGUUUCUAGUUCAUUUUCACUCAUUCAAAAAUACUAGUUAUUUACCAUAUCCAAGGCAGAGUUCACAGGUCCUGCCUUCAUGGAGCUUUCAGAGGGAAAUAAAGUGAUACUUUCUUCUA